GUCAAUGUCGAAGAAGGUUUCUUGGUCAUGAUGUCAUGGCGAGAUGAUGAUAUGUUUGCUUCGAAAGUCUCCCAUUCAUGUCAUGAGGCUUAUGAGAAAUUGAAAAAAAAGGGAGGGAAGUCGGCAGCUAAGAGAGAAUGGAAGCUACUGGCAUGCGUGGUAGCUACUUCUAAUACAGAAACUGGGUAUGAAAUUGACGUCAUCUCUUUAGGAACCGGCUCCAAGUGUAUUGGCGAAUCAAAACUCAGUAAAAAUGGUGAUGUUAUUAAUGACAGUCAUGCUGAAGUGAUGGCAAGAAGAUCGUUUCUGUGUUACCUAUAUAAGCAACUUUUGCUGGUGCAUGCUGGGAAUGAGAGUCGAGUACUGAAUGUUGCCAGGGAAACAGAUGACUGGCAUUGUUCUCUGAAGGAUGGAGUUGAUUUCCACUUCUUCUCCAGCCAUACUCCUUGUGGAGAUGCUUCGAUAUUUCCUAAAGAUGUAACUGACUGUAAAGCAGACAACAGUCACGGGACACAAAAUUUGAAAAGACACAUUGCUACAGAUCUGUCGUUCACUGGUGAUGAAAACUCAAAGCGGUUUUGUGACAGAUCAGACACAUGCCAUGAAGAGCAUUUGCAGAGUCCUGCAUCAGAAUGUCAGAAAAUUCUUUCUGAUUCACAGACAGACAUCUCUUCACGAUCUAAUUAUAAAAGUGAAGAUGGCCAAGGCAGUUUUGUUACACCAUAUCAGAAAUCAGAACGUUCAGUAACAAAAGAUGCUGAAAUCUUUCUUGAUCAAGGAAUUUCAGAUGAAAAAUCACUCACAAAUAUUUCUUUGAAACAAGAUUCUGCUUCCGAAAAUUUAGACCAUAUUUUAGAAUCUAUACCUUCCUGUAUUGGUAAAGGAAAAUAUAAUUUAGUUUCUGAUAUUUCUGGCAAUACAUGCAGGGUAAACAACAAAUUCCGUGUCACGGAUCAAACUUCAAAUUCUGGUUUAAUGAAUAACGUGUGCACUGUAACUGAACAUAAGAGUUGUGAUGGGUCACAUCAAACUGCUGAAAAGAUGGGAAAAAAAGAUAUUUACAGAACCGGAGCUAAAUGUGUUGCCGGGGGAGAACAGGACCCCCGGGGGUCGGGGACGGAGUACCACACUACAGGAGUUCUGCGGAUCAAGCCUGGGCGAGGGGAUCGUACCAUCUCCAUGUCGUGUAGUGACAAGAUAGCAAGGUGGAAUGUACUCGGGUGUCAAGGGGCACUACUCUCUCACUUCCUGUCAAGUCCAAUUUACUUCCAGUCUUUUGUUACUGGCAGAUGCCCAUACAGUGAAAGUGCGAUGAGGCGUGCUAUCAUAGACAGAAUCUGUAUGGUUCAGCAACUUCCAUCUAGAUACCAAGUCAACAGGCCACUCCUACUGCAGUCUGAUUGGUUGUUUGAUGAUGGGAAAGAGGCUGUAGAGAAAUAUAAUGCAGGACAGAAAUCUCCUCCAUCAUCCACUGCUAUUUCCUGGUACAAGGGUUGUCUACAGCAUGAAGUGUCUGUACUAGGCAGAAAGCAAGGUGUCACGCAAAAAACAAUCAACAAACCGGAGGCUAGAUGUCGUGUAUGUAGUGCUGAACUUUUAAAGAAAUUUGUCCAGGUUCUGGAAAAACUAGAAAGCACAAAAAGACCAGUGUGUUUUAGAGAUGUGUCCGAUUUGUCAAAUCUCACAUACCAUGAGUUGAAGGAGUCUGCGACAAACUACCAACAUGCGUGGACGAGACUUCGGGAAGAUGUGUUUAGCACAUGGGUGAAGAAAUCAAGAGACUUCAUUCAGUUUACUGUCAAAUAAAAACUGUGGAGCAAUGAUCUUUUGACUUUUGCCAUCUUAUGAUUCACUCAAUUAUGAAAACCCUAGUUUUUAAACACUAAGGCAUAUUUUUCACUAUUAGAGCCGUUUAUGAUCACUGAAAUCAAACAUUACUUAUAUUUCAUUGUUUAGAUUAUCAAUUUACGAAGUGUUUCUGG